UGCUGUCACUGCCAAAGACAGACAAUAUGCUGCCUGCUGUUGUUAAGCUCUGUUGUGGAAUCUCCUACCCACAUCUGAGGAGUAUGGCAGGACUUCAACGCACAGUGGUGGCAGUGAUAGGCCAGGAGAUCACUCACCUGCAGCGAUCGGAACAGAUCCAACAUCACAUGAGAAAGCUUAUUGGUUUAAACUAUUACGAGCCCAAACCAGAAGAUGUAAAGUCUGUGCCAGCGAAAGAAGAUCAGCUGUUCUAUAUACAACAAGGCCAAGAAGGAAUGAGGAAGGCUCUCAAUAUAUUGGAGGAGAAAGAUGGAUGGAAGAUCGAGAUCACACAGAGCAAUGGGGAUGUGAUCAGUAGCAAAGUGAUGCCGGGGGCCAGAAAGGUCUUCAGGUUGGAGGCAGUUCUGGAGGCCAGCCCGGACGAACUUUACAACCUCCUGUUCGUUAGACUGGAGGAGAUGCCCCAGUGGAACCCGAGCAUCCAGCAUAUCAAAGUUCUUAAGCAUGUCGGACCUGAAACGAUCGUCACUCACGAGGUUUCAUCAGAGACGGCAGGAAAUCUGAUUGGCCAAAGAGAUUUUCUGAGUGUUAGACACAGUUCCAAACAAAAGUCCUGCAUUUAUCUUGGAGGAGCAACAAUUCAGCUGGAGUCCUUCCCACCUCAGGCAGGCUUUGUGAGAGCUGAGGAUGGACCAACCUGCAUCAUCAUAAAACCUCUUGACAAGAAUUCAAGAAGGAGCCACAUCACAUGGCUUCUUAAUAUGGAUGUAAAGGGCUGGCUGCCAAAGUCCAUUGUCAAUCAGGCUUUGCCCCAAGCACAGCUGGAUUUCACCAGACACCUCCGCAGACGCCUCACAGCGAGCGCCACCCUGGGUUGACUAAGUCUGUGUGACACCAACACCGCAGCAGCACCUUGUCAUCGCUCGCAGGGGAAGUCUGGGAGAUGGUGUCUGGCUGCUCGGAGGAACGCUGCCCUUUCAGCGAGAGCAGAAAGGCUGCCUGGAGGAGACGCUCAGCUCUAACACUCUGCAGAGCAGAACUGGCACAGACCAGUGUCAGCAGCCAAAUGUCAGCAUGGCAGAAGGAAGCUGGCUCAUAAUAGGAAUUAAUGUCACAGUGUGCCACUCAAACCUCAUUAGGAUUUCCUGAUUAGGAAUCAUCAUUUGUCUCUUGAUAGAAGGCUAACUGCAUGAGUCCCUGCAUAUGAUUGAAACAAUAUUAAAGUGCUUGAAUGUG